UCUUGCAUCAUGUCCGUGUCCACAGUGCGAUCGAGGUGGCGAGCCAUGAGCAGCGGCAACAAUGGCGGCAGGAACGGGGGGCUGGAGCUCAACCUGAACCAAUCGCCUCCGCCGCCCCUGGCCGCAGCGGAGAGGAUGGAGGUGGACGGCGGUCAUGAUGAAGACGACGAUGACUACAGCAACGGCUCGUCGUCGCCUAGCUCGUGUGUGUCGUCGGAUGAUAGCCAUGGCGGCUGGGAGCCGUCGCCUAUGGUGAUCGGAGCGUGCGAGCGGUGCCUCUUGUACUGCAUGGUGAUCAAGGAGGAGUACCCCGUCUGCAUCAACUGCAAGCAGCCCUUCCUUGUGGACGUCCUCCCUGCCGGCGACGACAAGAAGCGUGGCCAGCGCCAGUAAAGGAGGCGAUCGAGCUCAGUUGCCGUGCGCAGUAGAUGCCAUUGCUCAUAGAGAUGGUUUAGCUCAGUUUUGGCGCACGGAUCUUGGCGCGGGCUGGGGACUGAAAGCCGUUAGAU